ACCGGACGACGCAGCACGAUGGCCCCCCACGCUGACACCUACGGAAACGCUCGCUCCAACCUCCCCGUACCCUCAACCGUCAAGAAACCCGCCCACGGCCAUGGACGUAUGUCUCUCGCAGGCCCCGCAAUCCGCGCGCCCUAUCCCAUGCCUCCCCCUUCAAAUCCUAGGCAGUCGCUUAUGCGCUCACAGAAUGUGAACCCGCUACUUCAGAGUGCGAGUAAGCCGCAGUCUUACGGCCGUACACCAAUGCACAAUAACAUCCGGAGAGGGUCAAUGUGGCAAGGAAGCAAUCAAGCAGCCGCACCUCCAUCGAGCCAGACGUUCGCCAAGGACGCCCGCCCCCUCCGGGACAAGUCGUUCCAAGCAAAGAUGCGCCAGGACCUGGGCAGCUUCCUCAUGAGCACCGGCUUCGACGUCGCCCCCCAGAUGCUCCAGAACAUCACAGGAAAGGACUUCCGCGCGGUCUUCCAGCACCUCAUCAUAUGCCUCGACCCGCUGUGGCCGUUCGAGCUCGAGCUCCGCUUCGAAGACCACUUCAUACAGGCCCUGCGCGCCAUGAAGUAUCCGUACGUCGGGCAGAUCGACGUGCGGUGGCUUCCGACACCCGCUGCCAUGCACUCGUGGCCGUCAUUGCUCGGCAUGCUGCACUGGCUGGCCGAACUCGGUAAAGCUCGCGAGCGAUACAUGACCAGUGGACAUCCGACACUGCAGGAUCCUACGCUCGUGCCAGACGAGUUCGAUGACAUCAACCACCACCUCGCGCUCGCUCUGGACCACAAUACUACCGCGUACGAGGUCUUCCUGCAAGGGCAGGACGUCUUCCCGGAGCAGGAGAAGCUUCUGGAGGAGCGUUAUGCGAGGAAGGACGCUCGCGUCCUCUCCGACUUGGAGCAGCGUCGGGAGAAGCUGAUGGAGAUCCAGACCGAUUGGGAGCAGCUGAAGAAGUCAGCGCCGCCGUUUGAGGAGCUCAAGAAAGACAACGGCUCGCUGAAGCGCGACAAGCUCAAGUUCGAGGAGAUCCUCCGCCGGUUCGAGGAGCGCAGGCAGAAGUGGCUGCGCCAGGUGCAGGACGAGAAGACCGAGCUAGAGUACAACCUGGCGGACCUCGAGCGGCUGCGCGCCGAGGAGGAGCGGCUCCUGGGCAUCGUCAAGGAGCAGAACCUCUCGCCAGAAGAGGUGCUGCGGAUGAACACCGAGCACCAGAACCUGACGCGCGAGCUCGAGGCGCUCAAGCACAAGAAGCACGAGACGUCGCAGGUCGUCGUCCGGCUCGAGGUCUCGCUCACGCGCAAGGUGUCCGACGCGGAGGAGGCGCUCGAUCAGUACACCGCGCUGCUGUCCGCGCUCGGGCUCUUCCCCCCGCUGCCGCCGCCGCUCGAGGGCGUCGACCUCGCGCUCGACCUGCGCCCCGCCGCGGCGGGCGCGCAGGGCUUGUUGGUGGGCGCGGACGUGAGGAGCGUGGUGAAGCCGGCGCUGAAUAGGGUGGCGGAGAUGAAGAUGACGGCGCGGGCGGAGGUGGAGAGCGAGCGGAUCCGCGUAGACGACGAGCUGGACCAGCUCACGCUCGAGUGCGAGACGGUCGAGGAGGAGGUGCUCGAGGUGAUGGGCAAGACGAACGCGCUCAACGACCAGGCGGACGAGCUGCGCGAGGCGGCACAGCAGGAAGCUUUGGUCAGCAACGCCGAGGCGUCUCGGCUCGAACGCGACCUCGCGGCUGCGAGGACAGCGGCGAUGGCGAACGGGGUAGGCGUCAAGUCGCGCCUCCAGGCAUUACAAAUCGCAUACCGGGAGCAGAUCGAGAAGGUGAACAGGCUGAGGGAAGAUACGGUCCGCGCGGUGAUCAAGAACAGCAGCGACAUCGUCGCGUUCAAGGACGAGGUGUCGAAGCAGCUGCAGUACCUGAGGGACUUUGCCGAGGCGAACUGAGCGGUGCUCGUGCUGUCAGUUUGCCACGCCGGUUUUGUGCCUUGUCUGUCGUGCUUAUGUUGCGGACAGGUGUCCGUUAGCAUCUGGCUAUACUCCUCUGAGCGUAUGUGUGCGGGCCUCGUUCUGUCUUCGUGUCGAUACCUCUGUCUUCGUAUCCCCUAUCCUUAUCCCGGUUCACAGCGCUUUCCAUCUAAUUUUUUUUGUUCACACAUGGGGCCCUGAUCAAUCAUGUCUGUUGUACAUGUACAUCGCUUCGUUCAUUGUAUGACAUGCCCGUUGGAUUUGGC